GAGGGCGAGAGGCGGAGGCUAGCUACCCAUCGAAAUUGAGGAUAAACGGAGAGAGAAUGGUAGGCGCUUCGUCUGUGCAGCCAAGGAUCUUGUCUUCUUUUCUUGGAGAGCGCAUCGUUCAAUCUAAGCAGCCUCUGUAUCAACUCUUCCGCUAUAAUCCAGGAAACAAACAUGUGUCGAUGAGAUUAUCUAGAAAUCUUUCAGGGUUAAGCAAUCUGUUGUUCAGAAGAAAUCAAGAUGCUGUUCCUGACACCAAGCGUAAACGUCUUAGGCCUGGAAAAGUUUCACCUCGUCGACCUGUUCCAUCUCAUAUACCAAGGCCUCCUUAUGUCAAUUCUCGGAAGCCAGCUGGAAUUUCAAGUGGGCUGGAAAUGCAUGAUGAGAAGGGGAUUGAAUGCAUGAGAGCUUCAGGGAGAUUGGCAGCACAGGUUCUUGAAUAUGCUGGGACAUUAGUCAAGCCACACAUCAAGACAGAUGAAAUUGACAAAGCAGUACACCAAAUGAUUAUUGACAAUGGAGCAUAUCCCUCACCUCUUGGCUAUGGCGGGUUUCCAAAGAGCGUUUGCACAUCAGUAAAUGAAUGUAUUUGUCAUGGGAUACCAGAUUCCCGUCCACUACAGGAUGGUGAUAUUAUCAAUAUUGAUGUUACCGUUUACCUAAAUGGUUAUCAUGGUGAUACAUCGGCAACUUUUUUCUGCGGAGAAGUGGAUGAUGAGGCAAGAAACCUUGUCCAGGUAACCAAAGAGUGUUUAGAUAAGGCAAUAUCAAUAUGUGCACCGGGAGUUGAGUACAACAAAAUUGGCAAAACAAUUCAUGAUCAUGCUGAUAAAUAUCGUUAUGGGGUCGUCGAACGGUUUGUUGGCCACGGUGUUGGACGCGUUUUCCAUGCUGAUCCAGUUAUUCAACACUUCAGGAACAAUGAUGGUGGACGCAUGGUGUUAAAUCAAACUUUCACGAUUGAACCUAUGCUGACAAUUGGUAGCAUCGAUCCUGUAAUGUGGAAUGAUAACUGGACGGUUGUAACAGAAGAUGGAAGCCUGUCGGCUCAGUUUGAGCACACAAUACUAAUUACCGAGGAUGGUGCUGAGAUACUUACUCAGUGUUAGAAAGUCUUACAACAUAGAGUUGCUUCCCCAGAUUCGGAAUUUUGAAUUGUAGGUGGCACUGUAUUCAUGCAAGUAUGCAACUUGCAAAUCAUUUUCUUUAGUCAUAUCUGUUCUUGAUUUUUUAGUCCACAUUUUGGCCUGCAGACGAAAAAAUCUUCUCGGGUCUAUAGAUGACUGCUGACUGUAAUUUUUUAAAGACUCUUGUACAUUGAUAGAUAACAUAUUGCUUGGGCUGGGACAACAAAGUUGAAACUCGCAAGUAUAAAUUUCGUCCUGGAUACAUUUGAUAUGUAAAUAUUCGCAUUGAAGUAACUUGCACUGCAUUGCUUCAUGAAUUGUUGAAUGUGAUACUGAUUGUUCCCGAACCACCUCAA